AACAAAAAAUACUGUAUUUAUUAGAAAAGGGUAUUCCUAAUUUUAAGCAAAAUGGGGAGUAGUGAUGUAGGAAGAAAGAAACAUUAAAGCAAACAAAUUAGAAAAGAAAAAAGGGGAAAAAUCAUGGUUUUCUAGGGAUUUGAUUUUGCAGGAUAAGAAUUUUUUCACAAGGAUGAAAAAUUUCUCGCCUUGAUUCAAUCCAAAACGUAGAAAAAUGUCGUCUUCAGCAGCAAUCAGAGGUUUUGGUUCAUUACUCACCAGAUUUUCAAAUGGGGUUUCUCUUAAACCCCCAAGCUCUCUCUCUCCUCCCAGAACUGGUUAUUCGAUAAGAAAUUUGUCUUCAUUUUCUAGGUAUUCGUGUUUGGGAGAUUGGGCUUCGUUUUCUCAGCUUAAUCAUGGAAGCUCUGAGAGGAAGAUUUCAACUCGCGCGCCGCUGUGUAUGGGCAGACGAUCGAGUAAAAUUGCCGGCAGAAAGACUUCAAAUGAUCUCAAGAAGGGGAAGCUGUACGCUAGAUUUGGGAAGGAAGUUGUAUCUGCGGUUAAGAAAGGUGGUUCGAGUCCAGUAUCAAAUACAGCUUUGGCUGCUUUGUUUGAGAAAGCAAAGGAGCUUGAUAUACCGAGGGAUAUUUUAGAUCGCAACAUCAAGAGAGCUUCAGAGAAGGGCCAGGAAUCCUACAUCGAGAAAUUCUAUGAGGUCUAUGGCUAUGGUGGGGUAGGAAUGAUUGUCCAAGUUUUGACAGAUAAAGUAAAUAGGUCUGUGGCAGCUAUUAGAGAGGUCGCGAAGGACUGUGGUGGAAAGAUGGCAGAUUCUGGAUCGAUUAUGUUCAAGUUUAGACGUGCUAGAGUUGUGACUGUAAAGGCUUCUGAUGUUGACAAAGACGAGCUUCUUAUUAUUGCCUUAGAUGCUGGUGCGGAGGACGUCAUUGAGCCCUGGAUGGAUGAAGAUAAUACGGAAGAAGAUUCUGAAAGACGCUAUAAAAUUGUAAGUUCGAUGGACAACUACGAUGCUAUAUUGACGAAAUUACGCGAGGAAGGGCUUGCAUUCGAAACGGAUGGUGGAUUCGAGCUUAUUCCCAUAACAUCGAUUGAGGUUGAUGAUGAGGCUAUGGAGUUGAACAAGGAGCUGACGUCCAAACUGCUCGAGCUAGACGAUGUCGAUGCGGUAUACACAGAUCAGAAAUAAUUCUUACCUUCUAAGUAGGGUUGUAAACGAAUCGAAUUGAGAUUUUGUAUUCAUAUUUGAAUAUUAACCGAACCGAAUAGAAUAUUUAUCGAAUAUCAAAAUUCGAAUAUCGAAUCUAAUACGAAUUAUUUGAUUAGUUAGCAAGGCUACUGGUGGAAGAAUGACUUCGAUUUAAAAUUUUGAUUUUAUAAAUUGUGAGGUUUUACUUUUUAAA